AUGUCCGGAAGAUACGCAGCACAACAAAGACAACAACAACUAGAGGAGGAGGAGGACUCCACCAUAUUCUACUUCUUCAGAAAGAGUCGCCAUGGAAUUCUAGGCGUUUGUUACCACGUCUUUCGCGCCGCCGAGAUUAUAACCCUAGUUGCCAUCAUCGGCCUGGUCGGCCAAUUUAUCUCAGACAUGGACGGCAGCAGCGUCAAUCCUCCAUCUGUCCUUGUCGGCAUCCUGUCUUUGGUCUGUCUAGCAGCCCUCUACCUAGUCAUCCUAGUCAUUCUCUUUUGGGACUUUCCCCAUAAAAUAUUCUACCACUGGCCUAUUCUCAUUGAUUCAGCCAUUCUGGCCGGCUUCGUUGCCGUCGCAGUGGUUUCUGGUCGCCCGCUGGCCUACCUCAGGUGCAGCUCUAUUGGUGGCUCCAGCGGAUCCGCUUCAUCGUUUAUUUCCUCUUUGGCGAGCAAGGUUGACAAGGGUGCGGGCGAGGUCAUAUAUUCCGAUUUUAUUGCUGCGUCCCGCCAGGUGUGUAAUGAAAUGAAGGCGAUUUGGGGGUUGGUUAUUGCGGAUUGUAUCUUCUUUGCCUUGACAGUCAUAAUUGGCAUCUUCCUCUUUUUUAUGACUCGGUCGGAGCGCGCUCAAAAGGGCCAAAAGGGACAAGAGGACCAAGAGGGACAACCCGCAUGA